AUGUGGAACGCGGAGCUUGAGAGAGACAAACUUCUCCACUUGGAGCAGAGGCUCAAGAACCACGUAUUCGGACAAGACGAAGCUGUCAGGGCUGUGACCAAAGCAGUCCGUCGUUCCCGUACCGGCGUCAGAAACCCGACCCGACCCCUCGCCAGCUUCCUGUUCGCCGGCCCACCCGCUGUCGGGAAAACCACGCUCGCCAACGCACUAGCAAUCGAAUUCUACGAAUCCAAGGAUCAUUUAAUUCUAUUCGAAAUGAGCGAUUACGACUAUAAGGACUUUGUCUCCCAACUGACCGAAUCAAUCAUCCGCAAUCCCAGAUCCGUUAAAGCGUUUACCACCCUCCAAAGCCGCAUCGACGGCAGCGGAUCUGUCCAAAAAUUCACCCUCGCCGCCUUCAUCAACUCCUUUGCCCACCGCCAGAAGUCGUCUCCGAGAAACGCUACCAACUGA